GAACGCGGGGUUGAACGUGCCGCGGGUAGGUUGUGCCGAUGGCAAUAUCUCCGAGAGUAAAAGAGAUAGAUACAUUUUGUUGCUUCGUCCUGAAAUGUUUUACCGCCGCGCACAGUCGGCGGCCAUCUUAGUUGCGUCAGCGCCGCGCUCUGAGUAGCUCGCUGCCACGUGCUGUUUCGAUGUCACAUGCAGACUUUGCUCCGUCUUUUGUCACCGAUCGCCCAGAACCAUCCAUAGAUGUAGUAGCUGCACCUGGCCCAUCAGGACUGCAACAAAGUGCUAACGAAACUGUUCUAGACACCACCCCGGAUGCCUUUCAAGAAAGCUCCAAUCAAGAUGCUCAAACUUCUGGCACUGAAUUUACAGCUCGCAAUGACGAUCCUCAGCCAGGUACGUCUAAAGAUCCCCCCUUCACACCAGAAAUCAUCAGACCGUUACCCAAAGCUCCACCCCGGACCAUGGCAAGAAACAAACGGAGAGUCAGGAAAAGCGCCAUUCUUACCGAUACCCCAGAAAAGAAUGCAAUAGCCGAAGAACAGGCCAACAAGAAACAAAGGAUUGAAAAGGUUACAACAAGCAAGAAAGGGAAAGGAAAAGGAAAACAAACUAAAGCAAAAACAAAAGCCGGAAAAAAUACUGCAAAAAGAAGAGUUCUGCAAGAGGAAAAUGAAGAAGACGACGACGAGUGCUAUUGCCUUAUUUGUUGUGACUCUUAUUCGAACUCCCAACCAGGAGAACAAUGGAUUCAAUGCAGUAUAUGUAAGAAGUGGUCACACUCAAAGUGCGUGCAUGACGAAAAUUGUGUAACUUAUACUUGCCCAAAUUGCUUUUCAGACUACUCUGACUCUGACUGAUUAAUGGUAAAAAAAUUGUUUAUUUGUUGAUUUUCACUUAAAACUGAAUUGUUUGUGAUAAAUAUUUAUCUAAAAACAAGAAAAAUGCUUGUUUUGUUAAAGUAGAUAUAAAAGUAGAUACAUAGUAUUAAGUUUUAUGUUUUAUUAUUGAGUCAAAUAGAUAUGUAACUGAUUGAUCUCAUUAUAAAGUACAAAAGUCAAACAUAAGAUGCUAA